GUUCACCGCUUAUGCCAUUGUCACCAGUGCUUAAUACUGUUCCAACUGGAAUGGAUGAAGGCACAGAGCAGGAAUUCCUUCGGUUACAAGUGAAAGAUCUCUCUGAAAAACUUGCAACCUUGAGGCUUAAACGUAAGGAGGACCACAGUAAGCUUGUUGACUAUGAGAGAAGCAAGAUCCAACUACAAUCGCUGAUGGAAUUGAAAUCGAAAAUGGCUGACCAGAUUGUAGAUUUGCAGCGUCAGCUUCAAGAGGCUAGAAAGGAAGCAAUCGAAAGUCGAGAAUGGAAAGAGGCUAAUCAAGACGAUCUAAACUUUGCUGCUGAGCAGUUGGAAAUGGCAACGAUUGAUAAGGAAAUGGCUGAGGAGAGAGCGGAAGCACUACAGUUAGAGCUUGAUUCAUUGAAACUACGGAACGAAGAACUCGAAGCAGACUUAGAAAUUUUACGCAAUGAGAUGGCAGCUGACGGUGUAUCCCUUAUAGGCGAAGGGACCAGCGUGCAUCUUAAGCAGUUGGAGGUGCAGAAUGAAAGACUGAAGGAAGCACUCAUUAAAUUGCGUGAUAUAAACGCAGCCGCACAGGUGGAGAAAGUUGCGGCCGUUAAAGAAACAGAAAUUUUGCGAGCUGAGAAUGUUGAGCUUCUGAGAGCAGCUGAAAUCGCUAGAAAAACGGUAGAAGAUUCGGAUAUGCGCAUUCGAGACUACCAAGAGCAGAUUGAAGCUGCAAUGGGAGCCGAAGAGAUGGUGAUGAACCUGGCGAACAAAAAUAUGGAAAUGGAGACUCAGAUUAGGUAUCGAGAUGAGCUGGAGGCUCACCGUGAUAUGGAUGAACAAAUGCUUGAGGAGCAAAAACUUAUCGAAAAGGCUUUACUGGGGGAGAUUGAAACUCUUCAUAUAAAAAUAAAUGAGCUUCAAAUAAGAAUGAAACAAGAAGAAAAUCAUCGAGAUGAACUUGUAUCAACUAUAAUGAAGUUUCGAAAGAAAGUCGGCGAGCUGAACGAGGAGAUUCAAGAUCUCAAGGAUCAGGUGACUUCAAAUUUUACUUACAGCAUUGCAAUAUUGGCUACAACACUCGGUGAAAGAAAAAACACAUGA